AGCUACCACGUGACCUAUAUCCUUACGUCAGUCUGCUGAGUUGGUCGUUAGGCUUACACGGACUGGAACGACUUGAACAUGUCCAAGUCUUUAGAAAAGCAUCUUUUCAAUUUGAAAUUUGCGGCCAAACAGUUGGAUCGAAACGCAAAGAAAUGCGACAAGGAAGAGAAGGUGGAAAAGACGAAGCUAAAAAAGGCUAUUCAAAAGGGCAAUAUGGACGGUGCUAGAAUACACGCCGAAAAUUCUAUUCGACAGAAGAAUCAGUCUCUCAACUUUCUGCGAAUGAGUGCACGCGUCGAUGCCGUAGCUUCUAGAGUUCAAUCGGCUGUCACUAUGAAACAGGUGACGGGAUCUAUGGCCGGAGUUGUUAAGGCAAUGGACUCAGCACUGUCAUCAAUGAACCUGGAGAAGGUAACAGCAAUCAUGGAAAAAUUUGAGAAGCAAUUUGAAGACCUAGAUGUACAGUCACAGAGCAUGGAGGACGCGAUGAGUUCGACAACCACACUCACAGUUCCAGCAGGUCAAGUAGAUAAUCUUUUGCAAGAGGUCGCAGAUGAGGCAGGUCUUGAAUUGAAUAUGGAGCUACCCGGGGCCCAGUCUGCACCUAUUGGUACAGCAUCAACGGCUGCAGCAGAACAGGAUGACCUCUCUCAGCGUUUAGCGAAACUGAGGCAGAUGUGAAGGAUAUCGACAUGCUAAGAAACAUACGUUGUGAAUAGUGACUUAUCAGUUGGGUUGGUGUACUUUAGUGUGAUUCUGUUUUUGUGCUGGGAUUGGGUAAUGUGAUCAUAUUUACCAGAUUACUAGCAGUAAAUUACAGUUGAACAAGAUCAACAAAGUAGUGAAAAUUA